UGCAUUAACUGCUUUCUUUCUAUAACUUUUAAACACUUUAAUUUGUUUUAAUUGAUAAUUUUGGUAUAAAGAAGAGCGAACGCAAACUAACGUUAUAAAAAGUAAUCAGAUCAUGUGGUCCAAAUUCAUCUGAUUAAAAUUCAUCAUCUUCCUUAGCUCAACUCCAAUGGCGGACCCAGCUCUCCACCCAGAGACUCCACCACUUCACCGGACCCAACCCCUCGAAGAGAUCGCCAUAGACUACACCCCAGAGGCAUGCAAUCACUGCGCCGAGUCCAAUUCCAUUACCCUCACCUACGAUCACCGCGGCGGAGCUCGGUGGCGCACCACCACGCGCUUCCGCUACGGCACAUUCAGCGCCCAAAUCCGUUGCCCCGGAGGCAACACCAGUGGUCUUAAUUUCAAUCUCUACCUCUCGACACUCGAAGGGGACAAGUCUCAAGACGAAAUCGAUUUCGAGUUCUUGGGCAAAGACCGUACCAUUGUUCAGACCAACUUUUACAACGCCGGCACCGGUAAACGAGAAAAGAUCCACCAUCUGGGAUUCGAUUGCUCGGAUGGAUUCCACUUGUACGUCAUCAAGUGGGCCCCCGAUUCGAUCGAGUGGCUGAUCGAUGGGGAAAUUAUCAGGAAGGAGGAGAGGAAAGAAAGCCUGGGUUUUCCUCACAGACCCAUGUUUCUAUAUGCCUCGAUUUGGGACGCUAGCAAGGUUGCGAAAGGGAGGUGGACUGGGUCUUACGUGGGCUGCGAUGCACCUUAUCAUUGUCUCUACAAGGAGAUUCAUGUGCCUGCUGCUGGGACUGCCGUUGUUGAAGAUUUCUGAUAAUGCGUUUUUGGUUUGAGUAAAGAGAACCUUAGUUGAAAUGAUUGAUCUAGAUAUCUCAUAUUUUGAAAGCGUCAAGGGGAAACUUGAUGCAGUGAAUGAUCACACGGUGUUUUGGGAAAUUUUGCCUUGUUGAUUGGUAAAUGUAUUAUAUAACCUUAUAGAUUUCCAUUUACCAAGAGAAUCCUCUGAUGUUAACAGGUUACUAUGUAUCUAUUUAUUAUCAUGAGCACAAAACAUGUAUCACGUGAAUCCACUAUUUCAUUAUCUUGCCUUUUCUUUUCUAUUUUUUUUGUUUCUAUUUGUUUUAUUGAAAGUUGCGUCCAAGAAACGAGUCGAGUGUCGGUGUCGUUUAUGGCAAUGCUAAUGUUAGUUUAAUCCAAUAUUUCUUA